AUGCAUGCUCUCCGCUUCGAAGGACGUGUGGUGCUUGUGGUAAUUAAAUUGAACGAUUUGGGCGGUGAUCGACAUGGGCAGUCUGGAUCUUCAAAUUGUGCUGCUGAUGAAGUAGUGAAAGAAAUCAAGGCGUGUGGUGGUCAAGCAGGUGAAAGCAUUGUACGAACUGCAAUAAAAAAUUAUGGGAGGAUUGAUGUUGUUGUCAACAAUGCUGGAAUUCUAAGAGACACAAGUUUUGCUAAAAUGAGUGAGCUGGAUUGGGAUUUGGUUAUUAAAGUUCAUUUAAAGGGUGCAUUUUCUGUCACUAAAGCAGCCUGGCCAUAUAUGCGUGAAAGAAAGUAUGGCCGUUUAGUAUUUAUUUCUUCGAAUUCUGGAAUAUAUGGGAGUUUUGGUCAAGCAAACUAUGCUGCUGCUAAGGUGCCCACAGCCGGCUCUCGUAUGACUGAGACAAUAAUGCCAGACGAUUUGGUUAAGGCAUUUAAACCCGAAUUUGUAACUCCUCUCUGUAUUUAUCUGGGACAUGAAAAUUGCUCUUCAACAGGACGAAUUUUCGAAGCUGGGGCAGGCUGGUAUGGAACAGGUAUAUUGAUCCUCAGAAAUAAAAACUUAAUCCUUAAUAAAGUUGAGUCCUAUCGUUCUGCUGGCCUUGUCAUUUCAAAUGCUAUUGCUGAAGAUGGCAAGUCUAUUUUGUCCUUUAAUUACUAA